GCCCAUAGGUGUGCAUGUGAGAGUGAAUGGUAUGUGAGUGUGACCUGCGAUGGGCUGGCCCCCCAUCCUAGGUUGUUCCCUGCCUCGUGCCCAUUGGGAACUGGGAUAGGCUCAGGAACCCCAGCGCCCCAGUAGGAUAAGCAGUUUGGAAAAUGGAUGGAUGGAUGGAUAUAUAUAUAUAUAUUUAUAAUUUUACAUCAUUAUAAAUGAGAACUAUAAGUGAUUGCUAAUUACUGUUAACUAAUGUCCUGUAAUCAGUGGAGGCACACGGACACUUUGGCCAGUUAUCCUAUUUCUUCAGCGCCAGCCCAACACCCAGCACCACAGACAGUGACCUGUGUUACUGUGACAUCUGGUUCCUUCAUUGGCUCUAUUUAUUUUUCUAGAAAUAACUAAUUGGCUCUUCCAGACUAUAUGAAGAGAAUAUUUUAUUUUUAUUUAGACUAAGAAAAGCUCUGCAUGUGAUCUCCCCUUUACUGCUCAAGGAGGGCACACGCACAUCAACAAAUAUCAAUGCAACAAUUACAGAUGAACAAUUUCUCACAGCUUCAGAAGAAGUCAGAGUUCUGUGUAAUUCAGAAAUUGUCUAAGACCUCUGCUAGAACAUUUUCUGCACUUCAAAAUAAAUGACACCUGGGUCCAUUAAAAGAAGGUGAUGCUGCCUGAACCACCAGCCAAGGCUGGGAGGAAAGGGAGGAACACUAGUAAAAUGAAGGAAGAAAAGCAGCCCACCCUAUCUCAUGGUCACGGAUACAAAAGUCAGGGAGUGUUAUGAAGAAGACACCACACUUAAGACCAUGGUUUUAUGCAGUGAAUUACACCAGAGAGAACUUUUGCAUUUUAACUGUGUUACGUAACAUUCCUCAGCCUUCAUUUUUUUCCACAGAAUGCAGGACAUAAUUUACGGUGCCAAACAAAACAGCGGAACUGCAUUGUAGCCAAUUAUUUGUUUCAGUAGUUUUAAGAUAAAUAGAACAUAAAAUGGUUGUUUUACUUAGGUAAAAAUCCAGUUGAAACAGACUUUAUUUUAAAAAAGUUACAUUGGCUUUAAGUGAUGGCACAUGUCGCUUGUGUUAAUACUGCUUUGAUUUUGAGGAUGAAGUCUGAAGUGUAGGUGACAUGCAGAAGCAUGCAAUUUGACGUUUGGGGACUGUAGUUUUUAAUGGGACAAUUUGAAUAAGGAAUACUGGUGAUAUGCUUUUUAAGGGGACAGCACACGAAAAUUAUAAUACAGAGUAUUAAAAGAACCGCUCUUUAAAGGAACUGAAUUAUCUUAGUGUAUUUUACAUCACAAGCACUCUCGGUCCGUUGGGGAGUCCGUCCCACUGUACUUGGAGAAUGCUGCCAUGCAUUAAUCAUAAAUUUCAUUCAGUUGUGCGACAGAAGUUCCCUUCUAAUGUUUUCUUCAACAUAACAAAGUCCCACGGUAACAAAAGCGCUGAGGCCAGGAUCGUUAAUUGCAAUGUGGGGAAUGCAGACCAGCUGGGGUGGGGGAUCGUGCUCAGUCACGGUAAAAGGCAAACGGGUAAAUUGUGAAUACGCUCUUAAUCUAACUACAGCUUCUUGAAUUGUGGGAGGCGUGUGUAACAUAACGUUGUUCCACAUACCAAUAUCACUACGUAUCGGUAUCGCAAAACAAAGUUUUAAAUGUUAAGAUUCUGUCAUUCUGAAAAUCUGAGUAUUUAAGACAUUAUGUUACAUAGCGAUUUGUGGAGAUAAAUGCCCUCGGACAGUAGCGUUCAUUUCAUAUCAAGUCUCUUUAAGUCAUUGUUUUAUGUUAUGCAGGAUGAAUGUGCGAAUUUUAAUUAAUCAUCCUUUAAGGGUUAUAUGCUUACGGUGUUGUAUACUAUUCUCGGUGAACAAGUUAACUUAUAAAAGUCUGUUCCUCUAAUUAUAGAAUAAUAUAUAGAAUAAUUAUACAAGAGCUAUAAUUAUUAUGAUGUUAUUAUUUAAUUGUGUGGGCCGUGUUGCUUGAUUACAUUUGACUCUUCGGCACGUGGGACGCUGCCGGUUUGAAAGACGCAGCUUCACUUGUUUUCUGCACCAAGAUGACGAGAAACAAACGAAUUGCAAAAGCUGUCAGCUGGAGCAACGAUCGAUACUGGGCAACUUGGGACAAGUGGAUGGAAGUGAUUGACUGGGAAGAUGAGGAAGAGCUGUGCUCCCCAGCAGAAUCACCCUCUGACCAGGCUGACCGUUCCAUCGUGUCACACACCCGAAAGCCAAUUGCCAAGGCAGUUAGCUGGACGGAUGAUGUGUAUUGGGCAGCCUGGGACAAGUGGGAUGAGAUCAUCUGCUGGGGUGAAGAAGAGUGCUCCCCAGCAACUCCACCCAUCAACCAGCCUGGGAGGGAUAAGGGGUUAGACAUGCAUGGGUUAGAGGUUUUUCUGUUAAAUGAAAGGACAGUCUCCAUAAAGCCUGCAGAUGACCACCAAGACAGGCUGAAAAUAGGAGCCGUAGUGGUCGACCUCUGCCAGUUUGAGCUAGAUGGUGUAAAUGAUAAAUUUGAAAUUGUCGAAAUACAAAUUGGAGAGGUCAAAUUGGAGGAGACUGCAGAGAGGGGUUUUAAUUCAGAAUUUGAAUUGGAAAUUAUGGAUGUGGAGAUAGAGGUUGUAGACAGUGAAUUCCAGCUGAAUGCUCUUAAUUGGGAAAUUGCUGGAACUAAAGUGGACAAAUUAGUGGAACACCUGAACAUAAAUAAUCUAGAAGCAGGCAGUGUGAAGGUGUCCACAUCAAAUGGGAAUGUGGUAUAUGUCAAUGGUAUGUGAGUGUGUUUGGUAAUGAUGGGUGUGAAUGGUGUGUGUAAGUGGUGUGUGUGUGUGUGUGUAUGAGAAUGGUGAUUGAAUGGUGUGAGUGAAUGGUGUGUGUGAGUGACAGGUGUGUGAAUGGUGUGUGUGAGGUAAUGGCAUGUGUGAGUGGUAAUGGCGUGUGUGAGUGAAUGGUGUGUGUGAGUAUAUGGUGUAUGUGAAUGGUCUAUGUGUGUGUGAAUGGGGAGUGAAUGGUGUGUGAGUGACUGGUGUGUGUCUGGUGUUUAUGAAUGGUGUGUGUGAGUGAAUGCUGUGUGAAUGGUGUUUAUGAAUGGUGUGUGUGUGAGUGAAUGCUGUGUGAGUGACUGGUGUGUGAAUGGUGUUUAUGAAUGGUGUGUGAAUGAAUGGUGAGUUUUUGUGUGUGUGUUUGUGUGUGUGUGUGAAUGAUCUGUGUGUGUGAGCCUGCCCUGUGAUGGGUUGGUGUCCCAUCCUGGGUUGUUCCCUGCCUCGUGCCUGUAGCCUCUGGGAUCCAUCUGACCGCCUGUUCCAAAAGGCAAAUUGAUCCCCACAUCCCUGAACAGGAGAAGCGGUUUUAGAAAAUGGAUAAAUGUUCCCAGAGGUGUGAGGCAACAGUGCUAACCACUGUACCAUGCAUAUGUAUAGGAUAUGUAGAAGAAUACCUGUUGCAGUUAUCUGAUGUGUGUGUUUUUCACUCUCCCUGCCGGCCCCUGGAGGUUUGGGCUUCCCCUUUGAGUCUGGUGCCUCCCAAGGUUUCUUCCUUCUAGGGAGUUUUUCCUUGCCACUGUCGCCUAUGGCUUACUCACUGGGGGCUUUGGGUGGGGGUGCUCUAAAGCGCUUUGAGACAAUGUAAUGUUGUGAUAUCGUGCUAUACUUUGUUGUGUAAUUUUCUAUUUAC